CAGCUCGGAGAGACACCCCGGGCCGCCCCCCGCGGCCGCGCGUGAUCCGGACGGCGGAAGACGUGGCCGCGGGCAUGGGCAGCUUCUCGCCGGAGCCGUGGCUGCCGCGGCCGCUCAGCCCCUCGGGCCUGGUCCUCGCCGCGGCCCUGCUGCUGCUGGUACUGUGUCUGCGCGUCCGGCGCACCAGGAGACCUGGUGAACCUCCAUUGAUAAAAGGCUGGCUUCCUUACUUUGGAGAAGCCCUGAAAUUACAAAAAGAUCCCCUAGGUUUCAUGACUACUCUUCAAAAGCAGUAUGGUGAUGUUUUCACUCUUUUCCUUGGAGGAAAUUACAUAACAUUUAUCCUGGACCCUUUCCAGUACCAGUCAGUGGUAAAAAAUCAAAAAUUAAGCUUUCAAAUGUUCACUAGUAAAUUCUUAAUGAGAGUAUUUUCUGUCAAAAAGAUGAUGACAUAUCAUGACCUGAACGACAAGAUUCAUACUAGCUAUCAACUUUUACGAGGGAAGCAUUUGGACGCACUGAUGGAAAACACAAUGCAGACUCUAAAACAAAUUUUUGAACCCCAAUUCCUAAAAACCACAAGUUGGGACACGGAAUAUUUGUUGACAUUCUGCAGCUCAGUAAUAUUUGAGGUGACAUUUACAGCCAUACAUGGAAAUGUUCUCGUUGGCGAUAGGAAAACAUUUAUUACUGAGUUAAGAGAUGAUUUUUUUAAAUUUGAUAGCAAAUUCACACAUUUAGCAUCAGGCGUACCCAUUGAGCUUCUAGGAAACAUCAAGUCUAUUCGAACGAAACUUAUAAAACAGUUGACAACAGAAAACUUAGCUAAGUUACAAGGAUGGUCAGAAGUUGUUCAAAUGAGGCAAGAUAUCCUGGAGAAAUACUAUACGCCCAAGGACACUGAAAUAGGAGCACAUCAUUUAGGCUUGCUCUGGGCCUCUGUGUCAAACACUGUUCCAACUAUGUUCUGGACGAUGUAUUACCUUCUACGGCACCCAGAAGCUAUGGCAGUGCUGCGUGACGAAAUUGACCAUUUGCUGCAGUCAACAGGUCAAAAGAAAGGGCCUGGAAUUUCCAUCCACCUCACCAGAGAACAAUUGGACAGCCUGGUCUACCUUGAAAGCACCAUUCUUGAGGUCUUGCGACUAUGCUCCUUUUCUGGCAUCUUUCGCGUCGUUCAAGAGGACUUGACACUACACUUAGAGAGCCAGGACUGCUGUCUGCGAGAGGGAGACUUUGUAGGCAUCUUUCCUCCCGUCUUACAUUAUGACCCUGAAAUCUUUGAAGCUCCAGAGGAGUUUAGAUUUGAUCGUUUUACAGAAAGUGGUAAGAAGAAAACCACCUUUUUUAAAAGAGGGAAAAAGUUGAAGUAUUACCACAUGCCAUUUGGAUUUGGAGUCAGCAAAUGUCCAGGCCGAUUUUUGGCAAUAGUUGAGAUAAAACAAUUGUUGGUUGUAUUUUUAACUUAUUUUGAUUUAGAAAUAAUUGAUGAUAAGCCCUUAGAACUAAACUACAACCGCUUUUUGUUUGGCAUUCAGUAUCCCGACUCUGAUGUUUUAUUUAGGUACAAAGUAAAAUCUUAAAGAAGCUAAAAGGAAAGAAAAGAAAUCUAUCAAAACUAACCUAAAUGUCCUUAGCUCAUCUAUUUGUUUUUAAUUUCUUCAAAUGUAAUUGCUUUGUUUGUUUUAAAAGUGCCAAUUUCUGUUUGAUCUGAGAUCAGUCCAGUCUGUACUUUGUCACAAAACCCAUCAAAAAAAAGAAAGAAAGAAAGAAACAGCAUGGUGGCAUGAAAUUGACAUCAAAAUCAACAUAAUGAUUAACUUAAA